AUGCAAUGUUUGGAAUUGGAGUUGCGGAAGGAAAACAUAAAGCUGUCGAUGCUACAAGAGAAGCGGUUAAUUGCAAAUUACUUGAAGCAUCAUGGUCCGCCUUAUGCAAAUGGAAAUAUUCAUAUCGGGCAUGCUUUGAAUAAAAUUUUAAAAGAUUUUGCUCUUCGAUUUUACAAUAUGAAUGGAUAUGCUACCGAAUAUUUACCAGGAAAAAAUUUAAUUUAUUAUGACUUAAAACCGGUGCUUUGAUCAUGAUCAAGUAAAACUGCUUUAGCGGACGCGGAAAUCACCUAUAAAAAUAAAAAAUGCGAUUCUACUAUUACAAGCGGAACGGGAGUCGUUCAUAUUGCUCCCGCUCAUGGUCCAGAGGAUUAUUUAUUAGCUAAAAAAUUUGAAAUUAAAUUUAAUAUUAAUAUCAAUGAGCAUGAGCAACAAGAUGCAUUCGUUAUUAAAAAAGUUUUAACUCACGGUUUUGUUAAUGAUGAAAAAGGAGAAAAAAUGUCUAAAAGUAAAGGAAAUGUCAUUUCUCCAAUAAAAAUAUGUCAAACUUAUGGGGCCGAUGUCCUGCGUCUUUGA